AUAAAAGCUGUUCUAGAUUCAAACGCUUCUCCUCCUCUGUGUACAGAUCACAAAUGCCUGGAUAACAAGCCGAGACAAAAACAUCAAAAAAUUAGUGAAGGAGUGUUAUUUAGCUUGGGAGGAACCACAAUUAAUUCCCUGAAAGGGGUCUGAUUUGAAAGGGGUCUGAUUGCCUUUGGAAAAAGUUGAGCGAGCUAGAGCCAAAGGAAGCUUGCGCGUAAGAGGUCCAGAGUAGAGAUGUCCAUCACAACUCAGCUGGGCUUGCUGUUGUGGAAGAACUUUACCUACAGAAGAAGGCAAACGAUCCAACUGCUGAUUGAGAUAGUAUGGCCCCUGUUGAUCUUCUUCAUUUUGAUAUCAGUGAGACUGAACUACCCUCCGUACGAACAACAUGAGUGUCAUUUCCCCAACAAGGCCAUGCCCUCGGCAGGCACCCUGCCGUGGAUCCAAGGCAUCAUCUGCAACGCCAACAACCCCUGCUUCCGCAACCCCACUCCUGGAGAGUCCCCUGGGGUCGUGGGCAACUUCAAUGAGUCCAUAAUCUCUCGUUUGUUCUCGGAUGCCAAGAAAAUCCUGCUGUACAGUCAGAAUGACCGGAAUCUGGACGGCUUUAAAGACCUUAUCCAGGCCCUGAAGACCCUACAGGCCAACACCGAAGGAUUCAAGCUGAAGGAUUUCCUCCACGACAAUGAGACCCUGUCCACUUUCCUUCUGCGAAACGCCUCCUUCUCGGAACACGCCGUGCACCAGAUCAUUGAGGCCAACGUGAACUUGGAAAAGGUGCUGGUCAAAGGCUUCGGUGUUCACCUGAGGGACAUGUGCAAAAGCAACGGCACCAGUGUGGAGGACUUUGUGACCAUCGCAGACAGCGAGGUGUCCAGUCUGGUCCAGGAGAUCCUCUGCCGGUCCCCAGGCUCCUGGCUCAACCAAGCAGAAAGCCACUUCCUCAACAACCUGGACUUCCUCAAACCAAUACGGAAAGAUGUGAGGGCUGACCCUGAAGCUGUCCAGCAAGUGGCUGAGGCUACAGACAACCUUCUGGAGAGCCUGGGGUCCCUGGCCAUUGAGCUGGCCAGCAUGAAGAGUUGGAGCGACCUGCGUAACGAGAUCAUCUUCCUCACUGAGAACGCCACGUCCUCCCCCAGCCACAUGUACCAGGCCGUGUCGCGCAUCGUCUGUGGCCACCCCGAGGGCGGCGGACUAAAGAUCAAGUCCCUCAACUGGUACGAGGACAGCAACUACAAGGCCCUGUUCGGCAACCACAACACAACCGACGGGGAGGAACCUAUCUCUGCCUACGACAACGCAUCCACUCCAUACUGCAAUGCAAUGAUGAGGAACAUGGAGUCCAGCCCCGUAUCCAGGAUGAUCUGGCAGGCCCUGAAGCCUCUGCUCAUGGGCAAGAUCCUGUAUACCCCUGCCACUCCCGCCACACAGAAGAUCAUCCACGAGGUGAACAAAACGUUCCAGGAGCUGGGGGUCCUCAGAGAGCUGGGGGGUAUGUGGGAGGAGGUGAGGCCCAAGGCCUGGACCUUCAUGGAGAGUAGCGAACAGAUGGACCUAGUAAGGACCCUACUGAAGAACAAUGGCACCGCCAGGUUCUUCACCUCCCAACUGGCGGGCACAGAGUGGACCGUGGAGGAUGUCUCCAACUUCCUGACCAAACAUUCAGAGGACACACGUCCCCACGGCACCGCCUUCACCUGGAGGGAGGUCUUCAACGAGACGGACCAGGCCAUCAUGAGCAUAUCCCGCUUCAUGGAGUGUGUAAACCUGGAUAAGAUGGAGCCCGUGGCCAACGAGGAAAGGAUGGUCAACAAAUCCAUGGCACUCCUGGACGACAGGAAGUUCUGGGCGGGGAUCGUGUUUCCCGACAUUGAGGCCAACAGCUCUGAACUGCCGGCCAUUGUCAACUACAAGAUCCGCAUGGACAUUGAUAAUGUGGAGCGCACCAACAAGAUCAAAGACGGAUAUUGGGACCCCGGUCCUCGUGCCGACCCCUUUGAGGACCUGCGCUACAUCUGGGGCGGCUUCUCUUACCUCCAGGACAUCAUCGAACACAGCAUCAUCACGGUAGUGACUGGCGCCAAGGAGAAGACGGGAGUCUACAUCCAACAGAUGCCCUACCCCUGCUACGUGGACGACAUCUUCCUGCGGGUGAUGAGUCGCUCCAUGCCCCUCUUCAUGACCCUGGCCUGGAUGUACUCUGUGGCCAUCAUCAUCAAGAGUGUGGUUUACGAGAAGGAGGCGAGGCUCAAGGAGACCAUGAGGAUCAUGGGAUUGGACAACGGCAUCCUGUGGUUCAGCUGGUUCAUCAGCAGCCUCAUCCCCCUGCUCAUCUCCGCCAGUCUGCUGGUGGUGCUGCUCAAGAUGGGGAACCUGCUGCCCUACAGUGACCCCGGUGUCAUCUUCCUGUUCCUGGGUUCCUUCGCCGUGGUAACCAUCAUGCAGUGCUUCCUCAUCAGCACCAUGUUUGCCCGUGCCAACCUGGCGGCGGCCUGUGGGGGUAUCAUCUAUUUCACCCUCUACCUGCCCUACGUCCUCUGUGUGGCCUGGCAGGACUACGUGGGCUUUGGGGCAAAAAUAGUCGCUAGCCUGCUGUCCCCGGUGGCCUUUGGCUUUGGCUGUGAGUACUUUGCCCUGUUUGAAGAGCAGGGCAUCGGCAUCCAAUGGAGCAACCUGUUCAACAGCCCCAUGGAGGAGGACAACUUCAGCCUGACCACCGCCAUCAUCAUGAUGUACUUUGACUCCUUCCUCUACAUGGUGAUGACCUGGUACAUCGAGUCCGUCUUCCCCGGUCAAUAUGGUAUUCCCAGGCCCUGGUACUUCCUCUUCACCAAGUCCUACUGGUUUGGAGAAGGAGACAACAGGAAGACUGACUUCAGUCAGAACAAGAGAAGGAACUGUGAAGCUGUCUGUAUAGAGGAAGAGCCAGCCCACCUUAAACCUGGCGUCUUCAUAGAGAACCUAGUCAAGGUGUACCCGCACGGGAAGAAGCUGGCUGUGGACGGGCUGACUCUGGGCUUCUACGAGGGACAGAUCACUUCUUUCUUGGGCCACAACGGAGCAGGGAAAACCACCACCAUGUCGAUUCUAACGGGACUGUUUCCCCCUACCUCUGGCACUGCUUACAUCAUGGGCAAAGACAUCCGAUCGGAGCUGAGCGCUAUUCGACAGAGUCUGGGUGUUUGUCCACAGCACAACGUUCUCUUCAGCAUGCUGACUGUCGAGGAGCACAUCUGGUUUUACGCUCGUCUGAAGGGUCUAUCUGAGGAACAGGUGAAGUCUGAGAUCGAACAGAUCCUGAUAGACAUUGGCCUGCCGCACAAACGCACUUCCAAGACCAGCACACUGUCUGGAGGGAUGCAGAGGAAGCUCUCUGUGGCUCUGGCCUUCGUCGGGGGGUCAAAGGUUGUGAUUCUGGACGAGCCCACCGCUGGGGUCGACCCCUACGCCCGCCGGGGCAUCUGGGACCUCCUGCUCCAUUAUCGUCAAGGUCGUACCAUCAUCCUCUCCACCCACCACAUGGAUGAGGCGGACAUAUUGGGCGACCGCAUCGCCAUAAUCUCCCAUGGCAAGCUUUGCUGCGUGGGCUCCUCCCUCUUCCUGAAGAACCAGCUAGGUACAGGCUACUAUCUGACCCUGGUCAAGAAGGGCCCAGAACCUUCCCUCAGCUCCUUCCACAAUUCCUCCAGCACCGUCUCCUUCACUAAGAAGGAGGAAGAUUGCCCCUCUGAGAGCAGCUCUGACGCAGGCCUUGGCAGCGAACACGAGAGCGAAGCGGCCACCAUCGAAACUGCCCAGGCUGCAUCCAUCUGUGAAAGUGCCUUCGUGCCCCCCGACGUCUCCCUGAUCUCCAGCCUGAUCUUCAAGCAUGUUCCAGCCGCCCGUAUGGUGGAAGACCUGGGCCACGAGCUCACUUACAUACUGCCCUAUGGCGCAGCCAAGGACGGCGCCUUCGUGGAGCUCUUCAAGGACAUGGACGACCGUCUCCCCGACCUAGGCAUCUCCAGCUACGGCGUCUCCGACACCACCCUGGAAGAGAUUUUCCUGAAAGUGGCAGAGGACAAUGGAGUAGACACUGAACUCCCCUCUGACGGUACCCUCCCCAUGCCCAGACGUCGCAUACAUCAUGCUUUUGGUGGAGGAAAUGCCUUUGGUGGAGACCACCAGAGCUGCCUUAGACCCCAGACAGACGACGACAACAAUGACCAUAACGACUCGGACGCAUACCCAGAAUCCAGAGAGACAGACUUCCUGAACGGCUCGGACGGUAAAGGCUCCUACCAGGUGAAAGGCUGGAGUCUGACGAGGCAGCAGUUUGUUGCCUUGAUAUGGAAGAGGUUCCUGUAUGCUCAACGCUCCAGAAAAGGUUUCUUUGCUCAGAUUGUGCUCCCUGCGGUGUUCGUUUGCGUCGCCCUGGUCUUCAGUUUAAUCGUCCCGCCCUUUGGAAAAUACCCCAGUCUGGAGCUGCAGCCGUGGAUGUACGAAGAACAGUCCCUCUUCAUCAGUGAUGACGCCCCUGAAGAUGCCAACACACAGCGGUUAUUAAGUGCCCUCACCGAAGGCCCUGGGUUUGGAACGCGUUGCAUGGAAGGACAGCCUAUAACUGACUCUCACUGUACGAUGGGUGAUGAGGACUGGACCAUACCGGAGGUUCCGGAGAGCCUUCUGGAACUGUUCCGCACAGGCAACUGGACCAUGGAGGAGCCGUCUCCCACAUGUGCCUGCAGCUGUGACGGCCGCAAAAAAAUGCUCCCUGAGUGUCCUACUGGAGCCGGAGGACUGCCACCACCCCAGAUGAAGAUCAGCGAGACAGACACCCUGCAAAACCUGACUGGGAGAAACAUCUCUGACUACCUGGUAAAGACCUAUGCAGAGAUCAUUGGGAAAAGUUUGAACAACAAGAUCUUUGUGAAUGAAUUUAGGUACGGUGGCUUCUCAUUGGGCGCCAGGAGCACUCAGGUCCUCCCCCUAGCUGGCGAGGUUGAUGACGCUAUCGCUCGAGUGAGGAAGAUUUUUGAAUUGGAGAAGGGUGCUGCCGCGGACCGAUUCCUGGCGAGCUUGUCUAGCUUCAUCAAUGGUCUGGACACCAAGAACAAUGUCAAGAUUUGGUUCAACAACAAGGGGUGGCACAGCAUGGGAGCCUUUCUCAACGUGAUGAACAAUGGCAUCCUGCGCGCCAACCUGCCCCCUGGCCAGGACCCCAGCAAGUUUGGCAUCCGCGCCUUCAACCACCCGCUCAACCUCACCAAGGAGCAGCUGUCCCAGGUGGCACUGAUGACCACCUCAGUGGACGUGCUGGUGUCCAUCUGCGUGAUCUUCGCCAUGUCCUUCGUCCCAGCCAGCUUCGUAGUCUUCCUCAUCCAGGAGAGAGUGAGCAAGGCCAAGCACAUGCAGUUCAUCAGCGGCGUGCAGCCCCUGCUCUACUGGACGGCCAACUUCAUCUGGGAUAUGUGUAACUACAUCGUCCCGGCGACGCUCGUCAUCAUCAUCUUUGCCUGCUUCCAACAAAAAGCCUACGUGUCGUCCACCAACCUGCCAGUGCUGGCCCUGCUGCUGCUCCUCUAUGGCUGGUCUAUCACUCCUCUGAUGUACCCGGCGUCCUUCUUCUUUAAGAUCCCCAGCACGGCCUACGUGGUGCUCACCUCCGUCAACAUCCUCAUCGGCAUCAACGGCAGCAUCUCCACCUUUGUCAUGGAGCUCUUUGGGAACAACGAGAUUGGAGGUAUCAAUGACAUCCUGAAGAACGUUUUGCUGAUAUUUCCUCACUUCUGUUUGGGUCGAGGCCUCAUCGACAUGGUGAAGAACCAGGCCAUGGCCGACGCUCUGGAAAGAUUCGGUGAGAAUCGCUUCCGAUCCCCUCUGGAAUGGGACAUGGUGGGCAAGAACCUGUUUGCCAUGGCCGUGGAAGGAGUGGUCUUCUUCAUUAUCACCGUCCUCAUCCAGUACCGCUUCUGCAUCAAACCCAUUAACCUGCACACCAAGCUCCCUCCGGUAGGCGAGGAGGACGAGGACGUUGCCAGAGAGAGGCAGAGGAUCGUCAACGGACUGGGACACGGAGACAUCCUGGAGCUCCGACAGCUCACCAAGGUCUACAAAAGGAAGCAGAAGCCGGCGGUGGACCGCCUGUGUGUGGGCAUCCCUCCUGGAGAGUGCUUUGGCCUCUUGGGUGUGAACGGAGCUGGAAAGACCACCACCUUCAAAAUGCUGACAGGAGACUCCAUAGUCACCAGUGGAGAGGCUUUCCUGGCCGGAAAAAGUAUACUGCGGGAGAUAGACGAGGUGCACCAGAACAUGGGCUACUGCCCUCAGUUUGACGCCAUCAACGACCUGCUGACAGGAAGAGAGCACCUGGAGUUCUACGCCGUCCUGCGCGGCGUGCCCGAGAAGGAAGUGUGCGAAGUUGCCGAAUGGGGCAUCCGUAAGCUGGGCCUAGUAAAGUAUGUGGACAAGGCAGCGGGAAGCUACAGCGGAGGAAACAUGAGGAAACUCUCCACCGCCAUGGCCCUGAUAGGAGGACCACCUGUCGUGUUCCUGGACGAGCCCACCACUGGGAUGGACCCCAAAGCACGCAGGGCCUUAUGGAACUGCAUCCACAGCGUCAUCAAGGAGGGACGCUCCGUGGUGCUCACCUCGCACAGUAUGGAGGAAUGUGAGGCCCUGUGCACCAGAAUGGCCAUUAUGGUCAAUGGCAGGUUCCGCUGCUUGGGGAGCGUUCAGCACCUAAAGAACAGGUUCGGAGACGGCUACACCAUCAUUCUGCGUGUGGCUGGGCCGGACCCUGACCUGCCGCCGGUGAUGAAGUUCAUUGAGAGUAAGCUGCCUGGCAGCACCCUGAAGGAGAAGCACAGGAACAUGCUGCAGUACCAGCUGUCCUCCUCACUCACCUCCCUGGCACACAUCUUCAGCAUCCUGGCCAAGAACAAGGACCUUCUUCGGAUAGAGGACUACUCCGUGUCGCAGACCACACUGGACCAGGUUUUUGUGAACUUUGCCAAGGACCAGAGUGACGAUUACCACUCAAAAGACAAUUCAGUAAAGCGCAAAGAGGCGGUGGUGGACAUUACCCCGCUCAGCUCACGGCAGGCUGAAGAGAAGCUAGCCGAGGAGAGGCUAAAGGAGAGCUUGGUGUGAGCGGACGGACACCAUCUUCCAAUCAAAACUGGAACUUAAACCCGCAAACAGUGUUGGACAGAAUUUGCUUCUCUGUAUUAUUACAGUAGUGUUUUUAUACUUGUUUCUUCAUGCCAGAGGUGUUGCUCUAGUAAGGGCCUGUCUGGAAAGCUCAAUACAAGUCAAUGCAAAGAUUCUCACUCGCGCUGAAGCGAUUUGGGGCCCAAGAGUGCCCCUCACAAUAGUCAUUAAGGAGAAAGAAAGAGUAUUAAACUUGAAUAACUGCCAUCAUUUUAUCAUGUGCUUCAGCAGAUGUUAGGCUGUGGCGGUGUAUAUUUUUGUGGAAACUGCGAUAUUUUCUAAUUUGUGUAUUUCCAACUGGUUUCUUCCAAUGAAAUUUCUGUUUUGUGCUCCAAGACCAGAAUGACAUCAUGAAGAAACCCAACCAUUCCCAUGGCCAAUCUGAAUUCCUUAUGUUUGAUUUGUUUUUAAAGAUGUGCCUUUUUUAUUUAUAUAUGUAAAUUGAUCAUGAAUAUAUAAACAAUAUAUAUAUAUUUUUUUCUUAUUAGGUUUGGCUGAGUCCAUUGUGGCAUUACUGUAAUCAUGAAUGUUCUUACUUCUAGUUCAGUAGUUUACUAUGUAGUGGACUCAACCAUUUUGAAACACACCAAUCGGAGACUAUGUACACUUUCCAAUGUAUACUAUGCAAAGUACUGUACCAGUUUUUUCAAAAAGGAAACAAUAGAUUUUAUAGCUUUUUUUUAAGGAAAUGAAAAGAUUUGUUUUGUUGUUGACUAUCAGUUUGCAAUGAAUACCUCAACAUACAUACCACAGUGCCCUGACAGACAAAUCAACUGUUUGAAGGACUCUAUUUUCACCGCCUAAACACUAGCAGAACACAGAAACAUCCCCUCAAUGGGUUGACAAUAGUAAAUUAAAUAACAUGAUAAUACCUACUGUAAGGUGGCAGGUAGCCUAGCGGGUAAGAGCAUAGGGCCAGUAACCGAAAGGUUGCUGGUUUGAAUCCCAGAGCCAACUAGGUGACACAUCUGUCUGUGCCCUUAAGGAAGGGACUUACUUUAAACGCUCCAGUAAGUCGCUCUGGACAAGAGCGUCUGCAAAAUGUAAAUUGAUUUUUCAAAGCUUACAGUGCCGAGUCAGUUUUGAAUUUCUGUCAGAAAGUGUAACCUGUGGGCUUGUCCUGUGUCUGCAAAGACUGGUGCAGUCAAGUGCCAUUUAUUGUAAAAUUAAUAAGUGGUUCUUCGGGUAAAAAGUCUCAGUAUUUCGAAACACAAAGCUUGCCUGAAAUGAGGCCAGUUCGACAUUCCAAGCACUUUAUUUGUGGUGUUAAUUGGAUAAUUGUUUUGCACUGGAAUUUCCACAGACUAUGUAUACAAUCGUUUAUUGUUCUACCAAGAAAAUUGUCUUUAUUUAAUAGCCGUUUACGUUUUUUAUGUAUUGAGAAAAGGCUGUGGGAAUAUCUGUUACUCUCUCUGUACAAUACUUAUUUACACAAUAAAACUGAACAAAUCCUUA